AUGUCCUCCGUCAACGGUUCCAGCCUUGGUAAAGCUCCUGCUGAGGAGCAGCGGGCUUCCACUUCCCGCCCGGAUCGCGGUCUGGUCAAAGUUCAGCCUGCUCGUCUGUCCGAUCUGCAGCCUAGAUACGCCUCAACUAUUCAACAUGAUGUAGAAAACCCCGAUGCGCAUGGAUGGUACUCUCAAAUGAUCCAUAACUUGGGCGCAUGUAUCGGAUUCUGUGGUGCUAUUCCCUGCUGCAUCUGCUGCCCCAAUCCCUUCAAGCCAGUCGACCAGGGUCAGGUUGGUUUAGUUUCGCGAUUCGGACGCUUCGAGCGCUCUGUCGAUCCCGGUCUGGUCAAGGUCAACCCGCUCAGCGAGCACCUUACCACCGUUGACGUCAAGAUCCAAAUUGUCGAAGUUCCCCGCCAAGUCUGCAUGACAAAGGACAAUGUCACUCUCAAUCUUACCUCCGUUAUCUACUACCAAGUCAUUUCGCCACACAAGGCCGCUUUCGGUAUCUCCAACGUCAAGCAGGCCCUCAUCGAGCGCACCCAGACUACCCUGCGUCAUGUGAUUGGUGCGCGCGUCUUGCAGGACGUGAUUGAGCGCCGCGAGGAAAUCGCGCAGUCUACAUCAGAGAUUAUCGAGGAAGUCGCAGCCGGAUGGGGUGUCCAAGUUGAAUCUAUGCUCAUCAAGGAUAUCAUUUUCAGCAACGACCUGCAGGAUUCACUUUCCAUGGCUGCUCAGUCCAAGCGAAUUGGUGAGAGCAAGGUUAUCGCCGCUCGCGCCGAGGUCGAGUCCGCCAAAUUGAUGCGCCAGGCUGCUGAUAUCUUGUCUUCUGCUCCGGCCAUGCAAAUCCGUUACCUCGAGGCUAUGCAAGCCAUGGCUAAGAGCGCCAACAGCAAGGUCAUCUUCUUGCCUGCCAUGAAUCAGACUGUUGCCCAGCAAAUCGCUACGGCUGAUAAUGCGGGAGAAGGUCCCAGUGCAUAUGGGGGGAGCAGCAGCCAAGUUGACGAUGGAUUUCAACAGGCAAUGAACGCCCGUGUGGUUGAAGACAUCUAA